AUGAACCGAUGCGCCGAGGCGGCAGCGGUGGCGGCCACAGUGCCAGGCGCUGGAGUCGGAGAUGCGGGGCUGCGGCCGCCCAUGGUGCCCCGCCAGGCAUCCUUCUUCCCGCCGCCUGUGCCCAACCCCUUCGUCCAGCAGACGCAGAUCAGCGCGGCGAGCCGGCUCCAGAUUUUCUUUCUGGGAAUUAUCCUACUUCCAGUUCGAGCCAUACUGGUCGCAUUGAUCAUCCUAUUGGCAUGGCCGUUUGCUGCAAUUUCAACAGCAUUCUGCCCUGAAAAGCUGACACACCCAAUAACAGGUUGGAGGAGGAAAUUUACUCAGCCCGUUUUGAAAUUUCUGGGCCGUGCCAUGUUCUUCUCUAUGGGAUUUGUAGUAACUGUGAAAGGAAAGAUUGCCAGUCCCCUGGAAGCACCCAUCUUCGUUGUGGCGCCUCAUUCCUCCUUUUUCGAUGGGAUUGCCUGCGUCGUCGCCGGCUUACCUUCCAUGGUGUCUCGGAACGAGAACGCACACGCCCCUCUCAUUGGCCGACUGUUGCGGGCUUUACAGCCAGUGUUGGUGUCCCGUGUAGAUCCAGAUUCUCGGAAAACCACAAUAAAUGAAAUAAUCAAACGAGCAACUUCGGGAGGGGAAUGGCCCCAGAUAAUAGUGUUCCCAGAAGGCACCUGUACUAAUCGUUCCUGUUUGAUUACUUUUAAACCAGGAGCUUUCAUUCCUGGAGUUGCAGUGCAGCCAAUACUCCUCAGAUACCCAAAUAAACUGGAUACUGUGACCUGGACGUGGCAAGGAUACACAUUCUUUCAGCUCUGUGUGCUUACUUUCUGUCAGCCCUUCACGAAGGUGGAAGUUGAGUUUUUGCCUGUUCAAGUACCUAAUGACGAGGAAAAGAAAGAUCCUGUCCUUUUUGCCAAUAAUGUCCGGAAUACCAUGGCAAAUGCUCUGGGAAUACCAGUAACGGAUCACACCUAUGAAGACUGCAGACUGAUGAUUUCAGCAGGGCAGCUCACUUUGCCCAUGGAAGCCGGGCUGGUGGAAUUUACUAAAAUUAGCCGGAAAUUGAAGUUAGACUGGGACGGCAUUCGUAAGCAUCUGGAUGAAUAUGCAUCUAUUGCCAGUUCCUCAAAAGGAGGGAGAAUUGGAAUUGAAGAAUUUGCAGAGUAUCUAAAGUUGCCCGUGUCGGAUGUCUUGAGACAACUUUUUGCUCUCUUUGAUAGGAACCAUGAUGGCAGCAUCGACUUCCGGGAGUAUGUGAUCGGCUUGGCUGUCCUGUGCAACCCUGCCAACACCGAGGAAAUCAUCCAGGUGGCAUUUAAGCUCUUUGAUGUUGAUGAGGAUGGCUUCAUAACAGAGGAAGAAUUUUCCACCAUUCUGCAGGCUUCCCUUGGAGUUCCUGACCUUGAUGUUUCUGGUCUCUUCAAGGAAAUCGCCCAAGGGGAUUCCAUUUCUUAUGAGGAAUUUAAAAGCUUUGCCCUGAAACAUCCUGAAUAUGCUAAAAUAUUUACCACCUACUUAGACCUCCAGACAUGCCAUGUAUUUUCAAUGCCGGAAGUCCAGGAGAUCCCUUCGGUAGCAAGUAAUAAAGUCAGUCCUGAAAACCAUGAAGAAAGUACCUCAGACAAAAAAGAUGACUGA